AUGGCGGAGGCGCAACAACUAAUCGACAUUUGCCGCGAGUAUUUAGUGGGUUUACUAAUGGAAAUCGCACGAAAAGAGUUACCAAAAGUUGUUGAAAACGCUGAACGAAAUGCCGAAAUGGCUGCAUAUUUCACGCAUUGCCAACUUCAACCAGUGCAUCAAAUAUUAACGCUUCGGACAGCGGUGAAUUUAUUUUUCAAGUUGAAGCAAAUGAAAAGCUGUGCAUCCUUUUGCAAGCGUUUGCUGGAAUUAGGACCGAAAGCAGAAAUUGCUGCACAGAUACGGAAGGUAUUAAUGGUCGCUGAGAAAGAGCCGAAAGACACGCAUGAGCUGGAAUACGAUGAAUACAAUCCAUUUGUUGUUUGUUCGAGAAGAUUCAAACCUUUGUACCGUGGAAAACCUCAGGUAAAAUGUCCAUUUUGUGGUGCAUCAUACUCGCCAGAUAUUACUGGUGAAAUAUGUGAUGUUUGUCAAGUAGCUGAAAUAGGUCGUGAUGCAACUGGUUUGAAGAUUGGCACUAUUAGAAGUGGGCGCUAA